AUGGUGUUCUGCUGCCUGCUACAGCUGGCCCCAGUAACAGCCACUGACCGACUGGUUCUCAAGGCCAGUCUACAGGAAGAGCAGGACAGUCAGGAGGUGGCAUGUGGCAUCUGCUUGGAAAAUGUGUGGGACAAGCCAGAAGCCGAGAGGGUCUUUGGCAUCCUGCCCAACUGCCCCCAUGCCCACUGCCUGCGCUGUCUUCGUACCUGGCGCAUGAAUCGGAAGGAACUCCCACUGGACAUCAUCAAGUCCUGCCCCCAGUGCCGCACCUAUUCCAGCUACAUCAUCCCCUACAAAUUCUGGGUGAGCAAGGGGCCCGAGAAGGAGCAGCUCAUCAAGGACUUCAAGGCUGGCACGAGCCAAAUCCCGUGCCGGUUCUUCAUGCAGAGGAAUGGCCGCUGCCCCUUCAAGUCUGACUGUAUCUACCUGCACCCUCGCCCAAAAAGGAUAUCAAGCUCUGGUAAUGCCUGGUCCUGCCUGCAUAAGGGCAUGGCGACCCCUCUGGCUGAGGACAGGGAUCGGGCUCCCUGGGCGCUGCUGGAGGGCCCCGCACGCCUCCUACUGCAGGCGCUGCAGGCGGGACCCGAGGGGACGCGGGGUGGCCUCCGAGUGCUGCAGACGCUGGCCAGUCGCAGCGGGGAGCCCUUUGACUGGGGCCGCUUCCUGGAGGCGCUGUGCCGGGAGGAGCCGGUGCUGGCGGGCCCCGAGUGCCGCCUCGAGCUGAAACCACUGCUGCUGCAAUUGCCCAUCUUAUGUCAGAGGAACCUGAUGUCCCUGCUGAUGGCUGUCGGGCCAUCACUACCCAAAAACAAGGUCCUCCCUGUGCUACAGAUUGUCCAACAAGACCCUGACCCCUGGCUAAGAGCUCUAGGGGUGUUACUGCAGAGGGAUUUGGGAGUUGGAGAGACUGUUGAGGGAACAUCGCCUCUGUCCACAACGUGUCAGACACAGCUCCGAGAACUGUGUAUGCGGCUGGGCCAGAGAAGCAGGAGGCUGAAGUUGCUUCAGGCUCCAGAUCCCCAAGAGGAAAAAGAAAAGGAAGAGGAAGACCUGGAUCUCCAGCAAUCUGGGAAACGCAAGAAGGAGCCAGAGGAGGAGCCUGCCAGUCCUGAGCAGGAGAGUGCCCCUAAAAGGCUUCGGUGUUUGGAAAAAGAGGAGGGUGAGAAUCAGGAGGAGAGAGCUGAGCUGGAAUCAUCGGAAUGCCUGGUAGAUCAGGAAGGUGCAUCACCCAGUAAGAACCAGCCUGCAGGGGGAGCUGAGACCAGCGAAGCUGGUCAGCAUGUGGACAAUGCUAUGGACCUGGCUGAGAAUGUGGAGUUGCCAGAAGCUGUCCAGGACCAGCUUCUGAGGCUGCAGCAGCUGCUGAAGACCUUGGGAGAGGGCUUAGAGGAUGCGCCACCAGUUGAGCUGCAGCUUCUCCAUGAAUGCAGUCCCAGCCAGGUGGACCUAAUAUGUGCACAGUUGCAGCUCCACCAGCUCUCAGACACAGGUCUCCUGCAGCUCUGCUCCUGGCUGCUUGCUCUUUCACCAGACCUCAGCUACAGCAGCGCCACCGUGCUGACCAAGAGCCUCUUUCUUGAACGGAUUCUCUCCCUGACUUCUUCCGCCUCCCGCCUGCUCACAACUGCCCUAACCUCCUUCUGUGCAAAGUAUACCUAUCCAGUCUGCAGAACCCUUGUUGGCCCCAUGCUCCAGGCUCCAGGUUUAGGUCCAGCUCAAACAGAGUUGCUGUGCUGCCUUAUGAAGGCUUUGGAGCCAGACGCACAGGUUCUGAUGCUGGGACAGAUCUUAGAGCUGCCCUGGAGAGAGGAGACUUACCUGGUGUUGCAGACGCUCCUGGAGCAGCGGGUGGAAAUGACCCCUGAGAAGUUCAACGUCCUGAUGAAGAAGCUCUGUGAGGAGGGACUGUCAGCCACUACCUCCAUGCCCUUGGCCAAGCUCCUGCUCACAGUGAUGACCAAGUACCAGGCCACUAUCACUGAGUCCCAAAGGCUGGGCCUAGCUAAGGCCUUAGAGCUCAACACCACUUUCCUGAGGAAGUCUCUGCAGGCUGCCCUGAAACAUCUGACUUCCUGA